UCUGACACCGGUGACAUCGCAACUUCGAUAACCGGACAUAUUGGACAGCUCUUUUGAGAGCACGCGGGUGUCUCUGUGACUGUGUGUGUGUGUGUGUGUGUGUGUGUGUAUUCGGUGCCUUUAGUGGCAUACGGCGAAGCAUACGAAGAAAGGAUAGAACAUACAUCCGCCCAAACAACCUUCCCACCAGCAAAACCAAACCAACCCCCCCCCCCCCCACCCACCUUCGCAAAGCAGCAGCAUGGGUCAGCAUGUCGGGCGCACUGAGCACGCCGAUCGCCGCACGUCGCAGAUCUGAGGAAGCGAUCAACGGGCCGGAAGAGGGCGGACGAUCGGUGCGACCGUCCGCUAGUCCGACCGGAAGUGGGCCGAACCAACCCGCACAGCAGCCUCCCAGCCGAGUGUACCGCCAUACCGCCACCAACACCAUCGCCAGCACGAACCACAACAACGGAGCCGACGAAAUGCGGCGAUUCGAAUUUUGCAACAGUUCCGCCACCGCAACCGCGACCGACGCCACCGACACCGGGCCGACCGUUGCCGGACCGGAUGUUGUUACGAAUCCAGUACGAUUGGUGGUUGUUCGUGUACGUCAUCGAGACGACAAUAUAAAUGUACAUUUGCAUACAUACCGCAACGGUGGCGGUAAAGGCAGAUGCGUACCGCUGCGUAAGGAUUGGUGCAGAAUGCUGUGCCCGGGCAUGAUAUCUGUACACGAAGUCCUGCUGGCGGUGUUUCUCAGCAUGGCGGUCCUGUCGGUGGACUCGAAGUCGAUCGACACAAAGCAGCAGCAGCAGCAGCAGCAGCAGCAGCAACAACACCAGCAACACCAUCACCACCAUCACCAACCACAAGCCCAAACACCGGAGCAACGCAUGUGGCUGAAUCCGUGCGGUUAUCCCUCACCGUACGAGAUCACGAUCAACACGCCAAUCAACAUCGAUUUUUCGAAGAUGCGCGAUCAGGUCAACACAUCGCUCGGCACGAUGGAGCUUUCGAUCAGGAACUAUACGAAAACCAUCUUCGGCGUACCGAUGGACCGACAUCACACCACCUGGGAAAGCCGUGACGAGCCGUGGAUCUACAAGGACGGGCUGCGCAUACCGAAAAAGUUUCGCAACGACAUCGUGGACACGAUCUACAUGCGCAUCUCGUACAUGUCGAUCCAGGAGGCGACGCGCGAUUUUUACCGCCUGCUGAAGGACUCGUACCGCCGCUACAUCCGGCUGGCGAAGGGGAUCGAAAAGAUGAAGGAAGAUCUGGAGAAUGUGCACAACAAGGCGAAGUACAAGCGGUACGAGAUCGAGCUGCUGAACCAGGUGCGGGAGGAGGUGCGCCAAAGCCUGCAGCAGGUGCUGUGCGAAAUCUUCGAGGUGCUGGUGGUGAUCGACAAAAAGUUCCUGUUCCAGACGCUGCGCGAGGACCACACGAUCGACAUUAACGAUUCGUACCUGGACGAAAGCGAACGGAAGCUGCGCGACUGGACAAUCUACCGCGAGCUGAUCAAUCAGCUCGAGUACAUCAUCCAGUACAUGAAGGCGCUCGAGCAGCGGCGCACCCUGAACGGCACCACCACCGCCGCCACCGCCACCGCCAACCAAAGCAUGGAAUAAGACCG